ACCACUGCAGAAAUAAUAGAUUGUUUUGAUUGCAGACUUCUAACUAUUUAAUCAAAUUAGCAAAGRAUUGUUACCCUCGAUAUAUAAGGAAAUUACGAACUUGAGGUUGAAGCUGUUACUAAUACUUUGUAAGGGUUAUUUUAGCUAAAGAACACGCAGUGCAGAAUUUAGGACACAGAUUUCGAAAUAACAACAAAAUAUGGCUCGUUUGGCAACAGACUUAUAGUAAAUACGACAUGUUUAUUAUUGUGGGAAAACGUCUCUAAAUGUAGAUAAACUGUAAAAAGACUAAGUUGGAGCCAGCUUCAUCACUGCAGGUCUAAAUAAAAUGCAAAAAUAAAAAGACACCCAUAAAAUGGUCAAUCAGCAACAGAUGGAACAGUGUAUUAUGUAAGUGGCCAAUACCUAGUCUGUUCAACAUCGAGCACAAAGCAAGGAAAGAAGRAAAAAAAUCACAUUUAUAGACCUCAAAAGACUAAACUGAAUGUUAUAUCAACAAUAUGUUCAUCUUGUUUGGGAAUUAGAAUUGCUUUGUUUGAGGAAAACGGCCAAAUUCAGACUCGUUAAGUAAGCUAUUACCGGUUGUUAACUUAGUUUAUUCCUAAUGAAUCAUGAUUUUUUCCUGCAUUUCCGAACGAUCUGUUUGAUUUGACUUAAGGACCUUGAAAAGACACCGUGUACAACGAUAAUCGAGCACUCUUCACAUUACUACGAUUGUGGACGCCCCUUCUCGAUAGCACUUCUCGAUAAGCUUUCAAAACGGACUUCAGUGUAUGACUAGCCAUGAGUGCAGCUCAUCAUCAUCAUCAUCAUCAUUCAAGCCUCACAAGGUCACAUCGACAACUAUUACAUGGAUAUUACGUCCUUCCUUGCUGUACGGCCCAACAUUGUGGCUUUCAAGUUCCCAGUGAACCCGUACGACAUGUUAGACAACAAUCUUUCUCGAUCGAAUCAAUCCUAAAUACCACCACAUCUGCACCGCCUCUCCCUUCCAGAACCACGAGCUCCUUUUCCAUGGAUUUCCUCCGAAAGCAAAGCCAAGCAGCUUCUUUGUCAACCAGUUUAUCUCCUUUACAAAGAUUACAGCCUUACCCUGAAUGUUACAGUCGAGCCCUUUCUUCCUCCCUGAUGGAGGACAAAGUCGAAUGUACGCAGACGACGAAGCGACCAUGGAAAGCCGAAAAACCAAAACGAGUCAGAACCAUUUUCUCGCCUGACCAGCUUGAACGACUAGAGAAAGAAUUCGACAACCAGCAGUACAUUGUGGGAACUGAACGCUUCUAUCUUGCUUCAGAACUGGGAUUAACUGAAACACAGGUCAAAGUUUGGUUCCAAAAUAGGAGAAUCAAAUGGAGGAAGCAAAACUUGGAUUUACCGAAAAAUGACAAAGACGACGAUGAUGAAGAAGAAGAAAACUAAAUGUACACAGGACAGUUUCAAAGAAAAUUUCAUGUCUUUUUUCUAGAUUUUUUACAAUAAGAUGUCGGGAACUUUUAGAUUUCUAUCGGUUUCUACAUUAGUGGGAUGUCCUUUCACACGGUAAGGAAGUGUGACGUCAUCAAAAUACGGAACAGUACUUCAAUUAUAGAGCCUUUAGAAAUAGAGAAUAGAGCAUUUAUCUUCUCUGUCCGGCGCCAUUAAUUCCACUCAUAUAACAUAUUUUAUGAUGAUUAUAUGUAAACUUCCAAAUAGAUAAGUUGGUGAUGUCAUUACUCACCAUUAGUCACGUGAUCCAAGUGGAUUUUGUCUUGUAUGUGUAACAUGUUUUUAACGAAAGGAAUGCCCAUUUAUAUCUAUUAGAAUAAUAUUGAUAAAUAAAUUAGAUAAAUACAAAUAACAAGAUACUAAAAUAUUAUGAUAUCAAAGACACGAUUGAUAGUAUUGGGUUAUCAGUAUGAUUAUCAUGAUUUAUAUAAUAUGAUGCGAUUAUUAAUAUAUUAAUAAUACAUUGAUAAUAUAUUAAUGAUUGAAAGUCUAUAAAUCGGGGAAUUAAUCGAUAACUUUAGUGAAAAUAAUUCAUGAUUGACAUUGGUCAUAAUGUAAAUAGCAAAACAGAUGAUUUAUAUGAUUGUGCAAACGAAGUGUAAAAUAGCCAUUUAUAAUCCAAACUAAACAUUU